UAACACUGGUUGUAACUGGGCAUUUUACAGAAUGGCUGUACACCUUUGAUGCUUGCUGCUAUGAAGGCAGAUAUUCCAGUAGCAGACCUGUUGAUCAAUGAAGGAGCAGGGAUACUGGUGGAAGAUGACUGCCACUGCACAGCCGUCUGCCAUGGUUUUGACGAUGAAAACGGGGGUGAGAAUUUUGUCAAGUACAUCCUUGGAAAAAUGUCUCAGAAAGAUCGAGAAGCUUAUAUCAAGAAUCGAAUAGAUCGGAUGAGAGAUAUGGUGGAUUUCAUAGAUUUUGACGACUUUUUCACGGAAUCUUUAGUUCCUGUUUUUCAACAUUUGUCCAAAGUUGAGCCGGGUCGGGACAUCUUGUUCCGCGAUAAGUUAAUUCCAAACAUGCUCUCCGCCGUUCAGAAGUAUUUACGUCACCAGGAAGUUGUCAGCAGCGCGUGUAAUAUCUUCUGUUCAUGCAUGUAUCAGUACAACUCACUGAUAGACGAAAGAUUCGCCAGGCAGUUUCUGCAAGCUAAAGGACCCGAGUUUUGUCUACGAGCGCUGAAAUUCUACACGGAGUCCGGAAAAAACGACAAGGAAUUUAUGGUUGCUGUUUUUUAUCCCAUCGUUUGCAUAAACGAAUGCAAAAUUUGCCAGACUUGGAUCGUGCAAAACACAGGCAAAAUUGAGCCCUACACGUCACUACAAGAUAAAUUUAAGACGCUCAAGUAUCACGACGAAGUUCUAAAGGAAAAGGGACAUAGGCUGUGGAAAAGAUUUUGGGAUGGGUUUGAUGACCUCCAGCGAAACUUGAGAAAUAUGAAAAUUAAAGAAUUACUCGACGAAGAAGAACGAGAGAAAACGAAAAAGUCGAAAAAGCGGGAGCGAAAGAAACAGAGGCGACAGCGAGAGAAAGAGAAAAAGACAAAGGAAUCAAUAGAAAACAUCACAACUGGAAUGGAGGAGAUGGAGUCGGGUGACUCACACCCAGUUUACAUGGGCGAAAAAACUAACUCUAGUGUCAUUGAUAAGGACUCAGGGGAUUAUAUUGGGAUUCAUGGUCUGUGUAAUCAGAAUGAAAACCUAACCAAUGAACUCGCUGAUGUUCAUGGUGUGACGACAGAAAUGGACAAGGUAGAGGAUGACAAAGAGACUCACGCAGCAAUGAAUAAAUCUGCCAACAGCAAAGAGGGUAAAAAUAAAAUAAAACGAAAAGGCAGAGAAUGCGGGGCAUAUAACAAAGUCCUGCAAGCAAACUGGAGGUUUUCUGAAGAUGCUCAGCAUGAUGAAAGUGAAAGGAAUUUAUCGCAUCAAAUGGAUUCUUGGACGAAGGUGACUGGGAAAAAAUCUCUACAAAAGACUGAAUACUCGAAGGAUACAAAGAGACCUGUUAAGAAGAAAAAUGAGGUUAAAUCUCCGUUAGGACCUCAAAAGUUGCUUUCAUCAGUGAAUUCGGAAUCCCGUAGGUGGUCGGAUGUAACCUGUAAGCGGCGCCCACAGGAGACGGCAUACACCGAGAAUAAUGUUCCAAACACUCGAGUGGUAGAGUCGGUGGCGCCUAUCCAAACCGAUAACUUGAAAGAAUUUCCCUCUCUUAAACAAAGUAUGCCUGGAAAAUGGGAGGACGAAAAUGUUCAUAGAUCAGUGAAGUCUGAAUCAACAGCAGAGCUUCGGGACAGUGAUGAAUACAAGGUAAAUCAGGAUCCAUGCCAAGAAAUCCCAGCGUGGGUUGAUGAUAGCAAGCUGUGCUCCACUGAAGUGGAAAGCGAUCCAUACUGGAUAGAAACAUCCCAGUUUAAAAGAAACGUUCGUCAUACUGCGGAAGAAAAUAGUUUUUGGAAACAACACAGUUGUAUGUCACCUUCUACCGGACAACCAAACCAACUUCCAUACGAUAGUGGUGCUUUGGUAAAGAAGGGUACCAGAAAAGAAUUAGAAUACUUUCCUACUCGAGAGGUGUUAGAUGAUACUCCAUAUAGAAUACAACAGGCUUCUUUCAUAAAGGAAGACACACAAAUUCAUACUCAUUAUGAUCAAAAUAAUGGAAUAUGUAGCAAAUCACAAAAGGAAUCUUGCAAUGAUAUGGGAGUAAUUGGUGCAUCUACACCGGAUACUGUCGAGUUAAUUAUCCAAGCAGAUUCAGAAAAUGAUAUGGUAUCAUUGGAUACUACUGUGGCAACUCCCAAAGGGAGACAAAACACAUUUCCAUGGGGCAAAAUCCCAGCGCCAACAUUGAAAGACGUGGCAAUACAAUUCAUGAAUAACACGCGCUCAGAAAUACCGGAAACUAGAUAUUUAGUUCACCACGAGAAGGAGGAUGAUAACAAGCUCACCCCUGUCUUCAGGCAUCCUGCUUUCACGUAUACAAAAGAAGAAGCGUCUUCACUCAAAACAAUCUCAAAGAAAACUCUCAACAGAGACACUCCAAUAAACAUCAACAAUCAACUAUUUCAUACUCAGCAACAACAAAGGGCCCACACAAACGAAUUCUCUUCAUUUGAUAUGAAUAUCGGUCAAGCAUCCAGAUACAGGGACCUAGAAGGCUAUGCUGAAAAUCUAGACAUUGCAAACAACUUUCCGCCUCUGACAAAACGUGAAACAGGAGAUCAUUCAAAUGUUCCACCCAAUGUAGCUGAGACAACAGAAGGUUUUAUUUGUAGUGGAAAGAAUCAUAACCUUUCGAGUGUCAAACAUUGUAAAGAAAUGUCAUUGACCAAACUUGAGACAGAGCUUACGAAGAAUCCAAAUGGCAUGCGAUCAGAUUCCGGUGAAAUGAAUAACACUAAAGUAGCAAUCAUUCAACCUAUUGGCCAUGAGCGCAGAAUGCCUCACUUGGGUACAAAAUUCGUGCAGCCAACCGAAUCACUCAGCAACUCGCAAUUGCUUGUCGAUAAAGAAAGUGCAUUAAGAAGCUUCCUGGACGGUUUGCAAUCUACUGGUAUAGAUAUCACACUCGGGCAAAAUCGAUAUCUUCCAAAGAAUACCGAGUCUGAAAAAGCUAAGUGCGAGUUGGAAACAAUUUCCGGGAAUUGUCCUCUAGGAGAUAGUAUCCUCAGAAAUGCUUUGACUAUUGAACACCACCAGGAGGACAUUGCAUAUUCCGAGGAACUGCGUGAUGAGAAGGACAAAUAUGCCUGCUCGUUUCCUGGAUUUCACGAUGCUGAAGAAAGAUUAGUAGACAAGACACAAAUCGCACUAAAUCGGCACAAAGUGGAAUUGAUACAAUUCAUUCAGCUGCAAAAUUACUAUCAACAGUACAACAACCCUGCCGCUAUGGAGACCAACUACUUCCACGACUUUCAGUAUUACGCUUCAGCCUUAGGAUUGUCGAAACAAGAGGUUGAAAACAUGUUGUGCCACGAAAUACCAAAAGUAGAUGCAAGUAGGAUUCCGAAUAACGUAAAUCAUCCAGUGGGUGUACGCGCACGCUAUAAUCCCGAAAACGGUGCGAUAAGUCAUCAGCCUUUAUCGAGUAGCACCGACACCAGGAAUUAUCCCGAAAAACAUCAACAUAGACAUCCAAAGGACGUAGUAGGUAAAGAGACCAAUAGUACUGUCGAAGAUUGGAUGAAUACUAGAAUGGAAGACACUCUGGUGAAUUUUGAGAGGAAGCCAAAUAUAACGUUUCCCCCAACACCAAAAGCGCCCGUGACCAAUUGGCACAGAAACAGCUUCAGAUGGAGGUCAAAGUUACAAGAGAUAUAUGAGUUACCAGAACAUCUACGAAGACGUGUCGGGGAAAUCAUCUUUCCGACAGAAACUGAGAAAUUCAAGAUCCCGUACUCAGACGAAGGAGGAGUGCUUGGUUUUUUGAGUGACGGGUCGGAGGUGGCAAUUCAAGCCGUGGACCUUAAAAGUCGAACACUGGGCAAGGGAUUCCUAGAAACUUUAGUAUCGGAUCAUUUUACGCAAUUUUUUCUUGUCAGAUACAAGUCCUUCGCCAUUGAGGAGGACAUGUGUUACCUAGCGAUGGAGCUACACGAGUACACCCUGGCGGAGUACAUCGACAGGCUUUGUCUCACUCAGGAGUUGGAUCCACUUACAAUCAACAAGCUUGCUUGGCAGCUGGUGAAGGGACUGGCGUCUCUCCACGAGAACUGUGGUGUCCCCCACGGAAACAUCAUGCCUUCCAACAUCUUAGUUGACACCGAAGGUAGACUCCGACUGAGUGAGUAUGGUUUUCCCAGGGCCUCCACAAAACGGAUUCAGUUAAUGAGCAACAAGGCGAUAUUUGCGGACCGGAACUGCUGGACACCAACGGAAGUGAUCACGGAGUCUGAGGCAUAUUCCUUCAAGUCUGAUGUUCAGGUGGCAGGCAUGCUGAUAUGUUACAUCAUGUCCGGGGGGAAACAUGCGUACGGAGAAAAUAGUCUUGAGAUUACAGUUAGCAUCCAGGCGAACUGGUCCAAGGUCACCCAACAGAACCAGGAGAUGAACAGCCUCCUGUCUGACAUGUUAGUGAUGCCGUCCGUUGCCCGUCCUGAAUUCUCCGACAUUCUCAUACAUCCGUAUUUCUGGGCGGACGAGAAGAAGCUUCGUUUCAUACUGAUUGUGGGAUCAGACGUUCUCCGGGACAUCAGGAAUGGAAUUCCUAUAUUAGGAGCUGUCAGUGGGACAAUCACAAUGAUAGAUAUUGUAAAUUCUGCCGAGCAAGAUGAAACUCUGCGUGAAUGGACUAGUUACGUGGAGCCCAUUGUCAUGCAGGAGAUGCGGUCGUUUCGCCAGUACAGGAGUACUUCAGUAGAACUGGUUCUCUUUAUAUACAACUCCUGUCUACACUUCGAUAAACUAACUGCAAAGACCCGUGAAAUUAUGGAGGAGCCGACCAAGUAUUUCCUCACCAAAUUCCCAACGCUUUUUAUGUCUGUGUUUAAAGCCAUUAAAGCAAGCGAGCGGCGGGAGAGAGUGUGCUACAAACCAUUCUUCUGAGGCCAGCACCAGUCAAGGCCACCAGUCUAUAUACAGAUGUUGUGUUUAAAUAAAAUAUAUUUAAAACUAAUUAAAAAUUAGAAUGCAUCCAUUUGAUUGUUUAUCGGCGUUUUUAGAUUGUUCACUUAAUAGCCAGUGGGACUCAGAAUAAGCACGUCGCUAUAUUGAGCGAAUCAAAUGGAACCUGACCUUUGCUAAUGGAAGCCAUUGAUUAUCCACCCAAAUACUUUUCAUCUACUCU